GAAGCACUCGCCAUGCUUCUCCCACACGGCGGGCUCAACUGGAGAGCCGCAAAGGCCCAGAUGCCCCCGAGCAGAGUACUGCGUUCUAACCUGACACGGUCGCGCCUGUUGCUCCUUAUCGGUGUAACUGGCAUCAUAGUACUACUAUACCGCAGUAUUCGAGCAACACCCCCGGGACCGCAAGAUGUUCGCUGCUGGGGCCCGAACAAGUCCCCCAUGGAGAUGACGCCGAACGAACAUGCCGUGUGGAAUGCUCACAUGCAGACACCCGUCAUCUUCAACCACCAUAAGCCGCUCAAGGUCGAAUCUCCCACGAUCCAGCACAUCGACCUGAACCCCAUAACAUCGAGCCAUCAGGCCCUCAUCAGGAACGAGCGGAUACUCAUCCUGACACCCCUGAAGGAUGCUGCUCCCUUCCUCGCCAACUACUUCAAGCUCGUUGCUGAGCUCACCUACCCCCACCGCCUGAUCGACCUCGCCUUCCUGAUCUCCGACUCGAAAGAUGAUACACUGGCUGUCCUGGCGUCUGAACUGGACCAUCUACAAAAGCGGAAAGACGAGGUCCCGUUCAACAGCAUUACGGUCGUCGAGAAGAACUUUCAUUUCCACCUGAGCCAGAAUGCGGACCAGAGACAUGCGUUUGAGGUCCAGGCACCUCGGCGCAAAGCCAUGGCCAAGGCCAGGAACUAUCUCCUGGCCACGGCCUUGAAGCCCGAGCACUCUUGGGUGUAUUGGCGCGAUGUGGACAUUGAGCAGGCCCCAAGGCGGAUCAUCGAGGACUUUAUUGCACACGACAAAGAUGUCCUCGUUCCCAAUAUCUGGUUCCACCGUUUCGAGAAGGGUGUUGACAUUGAGGGUCGAUUCGACUACAACUCUUGGAUUGAAUCGGACAAGGGUCGCAAACUCGCCGAUAGCUUGCCCAAAGAUACCGUCAUCGUUGAAGGCUACAAGGAGUUUGACACUGGACGCCAAUAUAUGGCCAAGAUGGGCAAUUGGCGUGACAAUAAAGACGUCGAAGUUGAACUUGAUGGCAUUGGUGGCGUCAACAUCCUUGUCAAGGCUGACGUCCAUCGAUCUGGCAUUAACUUCCCUUGCUAUGCCUUUGAAAACCAGGCUGAGACCGAAGGCUUUGCCAAGAUGGCCAAGCGUGCUGGAUACGAUGUCAUUGGCCUCCCCAACUACAUCGUCUGGCACUAUGACACGCAGGAAAAGGGCAACAAGUAAAAUGCUCGAACCGAUAGCUCAGGCUCGAGUUGAUCUCCUACGCCUCAGCCCCUUCUUAUGAGAAGGGAAGGCUGGUCCUUGGACCUGCAACUCUAUACGUGGACCCAUGACGUUACGCGUGUCAACGUUUCCAACUUUCAGCGGAUUCGGUACAGAAUACCGAGCCGAGCAUGGCGAGCGCAACAACCAUGUUGGCGUUCUCCAGGCAACUUGUUCCAUUUCAUUUCGACUCGACCCGUCGCGUCUUUAAUACGGUCAUGCUGGCGCUAUGGGAUUUUUAGGAGGUGGGGUGGGCCAAAAGCGAACCAGAUGCUUUUCUGUAAUAUUUGAAUACUGGUUGUCUAUUGUCAAGAUUGGGUUGCGAUGGAUCGAAUUGGGUUUGAGAAGAAGCAACACGAGUGUAGAUAGAGACUUGGCGAGUCCUGGUGGGUGGAUGCGGGUUGGCGGAGUCUGGAGCAGAUUUGCAAAUAGACAACACAACAUAAUUUGUACAUGAACAAGACCGCCUUGGCUUAG